UUUUCUACCAACCGCAUUUCUCCGCCACGACUCGACCUCGACUCACGAAGUCACGCAUGGCCGCCGCCGCCGCUUCCUGCCCCGCGCCGCCGCGCCAGCUCUGCUCCGCCGUGGCGUUACCGGCCCUCUCCCCCUCCGCGUCCCGCCACUGGAGGCUGGUCGGCUCCGGCUCCUCCUCCGCCCGGCGGUGGCCGUGCCGCCGCUGGGCGCAUCGGCCGGAGUCCGCCGCGUCCCGGAUCCGGCGCCCACCGCCGUCGCGGCGCGCGGCGGCAGUGAGGGUGAUCUGCGCCUACCCCCCCGGCGCUGAAAGAAUCACCGCAUGCUCUUGGAAUGAAUAUGUGAUCUGCAGUGAUGUACCAGUGCUUAUUGAGUUUUGGGCCUCCUGGUGUGGACCUUGCAGAAUGGUCACACGAACUGUCGAUGAGAUAGCACAAGAAUAUGAUGGGAGAAUAAAAUGCUAUAGGCUCGACGCUGAUGAUUACCCGCAGAUUGCUACUGCUUACAAUAUCGACAGGAUUCCAACUGUUUUACUCUUCAAGGAUGGAGAGAAAAUACAUAGUAUUACAGGGACACUGCCAAAGGCUGUUUAUGUGAAAGCCAUUGAGAAAUCUAUUUCAGAACAAUGAUAUAUUUGAUUAAUAUUCUUUGGUCCAGAUUUAUGAAUCUGCAUACUUUGUUUGGCUACUAGAUAGUGCAGAGAGAACUUAAGGUAAAGUUGGAGUUUACAACAUGAGUAUCUUACCUAGAAGUAUGAGACUCUGGGUGGUCCUUUUGCUAUGCAAUAGCAAGUGUAAAUAUAGAUGUAUUUCGAAAGGAAGAGUGCUAAUUUUUUGUAUUUCAAAGGAUGUAAUGUGUUACAGGGCAGCAUAUUUGAGGCCCUCAGCACCUUGUUAAAUGAAGUAACAUCUAGAUAUUUCUUAAUUUUCUUGUGGUGUCUAUCAUCUAA